GUUGUUGGCUGUGCUCAGUCGUGUCUGCGCUGCGAGAGAAACAUCAUCUAGCCAACAUCAUCAAGCCAAAACAAUAAUUUCCCGUCGGAAUCUCUCAGAACUUUCAUUUGUUUACUGAGUCACGAGAGGCCAGAGGCCGAACCAGAAAGAAGAGCACCAAAUAGUUUUCACAUUCGGCCUGGCCUGGAAUCUGUGGAAUUUGUUGAUUGCGGAGCGUAAAUUCUUUUAUUAAGUGGCGUGAAAUUUCGUUCGCAAUAUAAACAUAAACAUGCAGGAGCUAAUAAUUGCUCCACUCGUUCCCGGCAACGGAGGAGGAAUUAACAAUGUACUUCAGAAGGUGGUCGUCGCAUAUGAUAAAGAGAAUAUUGAGAGCGAAAAUGGCAAAAAUUCACAGGCGGGGGCGGAGAACAGCACACCCUACCCAGGACUGUCGCGCCUAACCCCCUCCCUGAUCCUGUGCGGGGCAGCGGCUGUGGUGCCCGCCUACAUGGACAAGCUGGGAGUGAGUUGCGUCAUCAAUGUGGCCCCUGAGCUGCCGGACACUCCCCUAUCCAGCGUGAUGAAUCCUCUGUACCUGCGCGUGAAUGCUCAGGACCGUUCGGAGGUCGACCUGGCGAAGCAUUUCGAUGAGGUGGCCGACCUCAUUGAGGAGGUGCGUCUGAAUGGGGGCGUCUCUUUGAUCCACUGCGUGGCGGGGGUCAGCCGCUCGGCCUCCCUCUGCCUGGCCUACCUGAUAAAGCAUGCGGGCAUGAGCCUGCGGGAAGCCUACACGCACGUCCAGUCCAUUCGUCCGCAGGUUCGGCCGAACUCGGGCUUCUUUCAGCAACUGCGUCGCUAUGAGCAGCAGCUGCGGGGCAGCUGCUCCGUGGAGAUGGUCUACUUUGCAUCUUUGGACAAGGAAAUACCCGACAUUCUGGAGCCCCAAUACAGGGCAAUGGAGGACUUCUACCAGAGAUAUCGCAGCUCGCUGAGGAAACGCUAGGUCCCGGCGCUGCGUUGCGGGGGCCAAGAGACAUUUCGUAAUUUGUGAUAUGUGAGAAUUAUGGGUAGAAAUUAGAUGUAGGUGUAGCAAUAGGUGCUCAAAGAUGACAUUGUAAUGCUGAAAUAU